UAUCACUUGUUCGUCAGGCUUGUUUCAUGCAUCCCAGUUUCUGUUUCAGUAGUACUACAAGCACCCUACUUCUAUAGUCAAUACUUCAUAGUUUGUCUUCGAUUUAUCGGUUUCUGUUUUAUUAUUAUUUAAUCGGCAGCAUUUUUUAACACAAAUAUUAUAACAACAGCUUCGAAAACAGUGAAAAAAAAAUAAAAGAAAUAAAAUAUUCUAAAUGUAAUGGUACUCAAAAAACUAUUCUCAAUGUUUAAAUCGAAAGGAAGAGGAAUAAUUAAUCAAACAUUAAAUGAUUUCCAUAUCGCACGAAAAUACAGUAAUCAACAUCGUCGAAAUGACGCUUUCAAGCUGCAACGGGCAUUAGUGGUUACGAAAUUUUCACGCUAUGAAUUUGAACAGUUGCGUCAUUCAAAUCUAAGCAAAGAUCAGCUGGAAGAGAAACUCAGAAAUCGCGGAACUGAUUACGACACAUUACUGGCCUUGCAUAAUGUACACAAGGAUUUUGAAAAAAAAAUUGCCAAAAGUUUUCAAAAUGUCGGUUGUGAGGUGAAAUUAGCAAACAGGACUUCUCUCACCAAGGAGGCUAUGGAAUGGGCUGAUGUUCUAGUGCCAGUUGGUGGCGAUGGAACUUUUCUAUUGGCUGCUGGGAGAGCAAGUCCAUUGUUUGCAAAAAGUCAACAGAAAACUCCAAUUGUUGGUUUUAAUUCAGAUCCAAAACAUUCGGAAGGAAGACUUAUGUUGCCCAAACGAUUUUCUGAGUUUCCAGAAGAUGCAGUUAGCAGAAUUAAAAAUGGAGAUUUUCGGUGGAUGCAUCGUUCAAGAAUCCGUACAACAAUUUUAGGAAGCAACGGAAACAUGCCUGAGUCGACAGACUUGCAUAGUCAACGUGUAUCAAAGAUGGAACAAAUAAAUACUGUCCCCGAACGCCUUAGCAAGGAAUUUGCCAAAAAAUACAAUGCAAAAAUGAAGCGAGUUUUACCGUACCUAGCCUUAAAUGAAGUUUUUAUCGGUGAAACUUUGUCUGCUCGAGUUUCACAUUUAAAUAUGGUAAUUGAUCAUUCUGAUGUGAUUAAUAGAACUAAAUGUUCUGGACUUUGUGUGAGUACAGGUUCUGGGUCGACUUCUUGGCACACAAGUAUUAAUCGAAUAACAAAAAGACAUGUUGAAGAUGUUGUCAAAAUUCUUCCUGGGAAUGGUAAUUUGGGGAAUAUAGAUGCUGAACAAAUUGCCGAUGAAUACAAUAAAAAUCUUCUCUUCUUAGCGGAUGACCCCCGCUUAUGCUAUUCUAUACGUGAACAAAUUUGCGUUGGUGUUUGGCCAAUUCCAAAGAAUUUCCCAUGUCGAAAUUUAGUCAAAAACUUAUUUGUCCAAUCAAAAUGCAUUGAUGCAAGUCUUGUGAUUGAUGGCAGCAUUUCUUACCCUUUCAAUGAUGGAGCUAAAGCUUUGCUAGAAGUCCAUCCCGAAGAUGCAUUGUUAACUAUAGCAUUGGAUUAAUUCCUUAGCCGGCGGCGGCGCGCGCAACGACGACACACAAAACACGUAUAAUACAAAUUUAAGUCUUUUCAAAUUUGUUAUCAAAGUGUGACGUGGUGAUAGUAUACACAUAAAAUUGAUGAUGUUGAUGUGUCUUUAUUUAUUUUAUAAGAAAAAAAAAAGUCAAUGUGUAAAUAAAUUUUUUAUUAUUAAAUUACAAAAAAGAUGUUAAAAAAUUUACAUAAAACGAA